AUGCCUGUUGCUGUUGCCCCUGGUCCCGCCGCUGCUGAGUCCACCAAGAAGACGCGUCAGAGGAAACCUCCGCCGCUGACUGCAAGCGGAAUACCAAUCUUGACUGCGCGGGACAUCAAAACGAAGGUCUACGUCAGCGAGCUUGUUCUUUCGACUGAACGCAAGACUGCGCUGGCAUCUUUAUACGAGAACCCACCCCCCAACGUCCUCUUCGAAAGGGUCUACGACCACAAAUCUGAUCCCAACGCCCAAAAGGACACCCUCGAGCGUCUCAAGACCCUUGGAUUUUCCUCUCCGACGGUUUGCCCCUCGAAGCGGUUCUUCCGCGCAUGGGCUAAGAACAAGGACGAAACGCCGAUGCGGGGCGAUAAAAAACCUGCAGAAAGCAGCUUCCAGCGAAUCCUGUACCAAUGCGCCUCCAGCUACGACCAUUCUGUGGCCAAGUCGAAGCAAUGCCAAGCGCCAUAUCCACAGCUCGAGUGUAAUGCACACUUCGAGAUGUCGUACCACCCACCCACCGACGCUGUUCUUCGCAUUCGGGGAAUCAUCGACCAUAGUGCUGUAUGUAUCGCCACCAAAAUCGAUCGUCUUCCCCGCAAGCCCGUCGCAGCUGUGGUGUACGACCGCGCCAUUCAGAUGCUGCAGACCGGCAAGCUGCAGGACGUGAAAAUCGAGAACUCGCGGCUGUUCCAUGCCCGAGAAUACCCGGGGCUCCCGCGCGAUGCUGAUACAUCACCGUAUCGCUGGCUGCUUGAACCCAAGGAUACACGCUCAAUAUAUCGCAUCUUCCAUCGGGCAAACGGCGUUCAGAUCGACACCCGCGCGGAGAUCAACAUUCACAACUGGCUCGACCCCUCAUCCCCCGACUACAAACGUGACUUCGCCGCCGUCAUCUUCCACUACUCGGCGCGGAAGAGCAAAGCGGAGAGGUUCGAAAUCGCGAUAUCGACUCCCGAGAUGGAUGUCCUUUCGUGGAAGUACGCGCAUCAGAACCAAUUCAUUGUUGACGGGACAUUCGGGUUCUCCAACUCCCGCCUGCUGCUCUUCAUCGCGAUGGCUCUUGACGAGGAUAGGAAGGGUGUCCCAAUCGCCCUUUUCAUCUUCUCUGCUCCGUCUGGGAAUUGCCAGUCCUCAUCCGGAUACAACACCGACAUCCUCACCAAGCUCUUUCGGACAUGGCGCCUUCAUCUCGACUCUGUCGGCAGAGAUCUUGGUCACGCUGAGCAAUCGUUUACCCCCAUUUCCGCGAUCACGGACACCGACUUGAAGGAGCGGGCAGCCUUGCUGCAGAUUUGGCCGGAAAUCUGGCUGAUCAUAUGCCGUUUCCACCUCAAGCAGUGCUGGCGGAACGCGAGAAACAAGAUCAAGCAGGCCGGGAGCGACGUCGAGAAGCUUGUGUCGGAUUUGAAGGCGCGGGUACAGGCGGUGGAGCAGGCGCUAUUGGCGCAACCCGAUGCAGCGGCUGCGCGCGCAUUCCUGGCUGCUGAGCGCAAGACAUUGGAGCAUGCAUUGAAGGAUUGGGGCAAUGGGCGGCUCCCCGAGGUCGCUACAGCCGUGUUCCAUCACCUGGACUAUCUAGGAGACGAGUACUGGCUCAAAUUUUUUGACAGCUGGUCUGAUUCUGCUCGUGUCGAGGCCGCGCGGCGGUUAGGCUGCCCCGUUUCCGAUGUUCUCAACACCACCAACCACCUCGAGCGUUUUAAUGGCGAACUGAAGAACACCCAACUCUCGCGAGAGAAACGCAACGGACGUCGCCUUCGUCCAGAUGUUCUUCUGAAUGUUCUCGUCUUCAAAGUACUGCCCCGCAUAUCUCAGAAUCGACAUGAUCGCAUUCUACGGAGACAGCAAUACAUUCGUCGUUUUGCGGACUUUCCCGGUGGUGAAGAAUUACUUCAAAAACUCCAAGCCAAAGCGGACGAGACUGUCCCACUUCUGGCAUACUUCCCGGAUGACAUUGAGCGUCAAGUUCGGGGAGGGGAGAUGGUGCUGGCAAAUCAAAUUGGUGUCCCAACGUGUACAACAAACAGCGACGGUACCAUUCGCCUGUACGAGUUUGACUGCCUAAAUUCGAUGGCAUUGGAGGGUGAGAUCAACAGCCGGAAGUAUAUGGUCCAAAUUGCGUCCAACGGAGCAAGCAACUGUCAAUGCCCUGAUUUCCUGCGAUGCGGAGCAGCAUGCAAGCACUGCCGCGGCGCUCGAGCGUAUAUGGAGCUUCUGUUCCGUCAGAAGACCAUUGGUAUCCUUCACCCCAACACCAUCCCCUUCCCAAUUACUUGGCGCGAAGCCAUCGAGCUGCAACUCCAACUUGGCAUCAUGCCUGGUCGCGCUCAGCUGACGGUGCAGAGCUUAUCGGGACAGUCGGCGGAGCUCGAUGCUCGCACCACCACUGAAGAACAUGCUGCUAGUGCCCACGAACAGCUUGAUGCUGGCGACGAAACAGAUUCGGAUGAUGAUGGGAAGGAUGUCUCUGAUGACGACAACGAGGACAAUGAUUCUGAGUCCGACAUGGAUCUGGCUGGUCGUCGCAUGGUCUCUGGCCUUGACCUCCCUCCAAUUCUGCUCCCCUCGCACCCCAUGCCUUCUUCCUCAGCGCAACUUCCGACAUCCGCUCAGACACUGGAGCAGCAAGCUGUUGCACGUCUCUUGUUUGAAGCUCGGACACAUGGCAAUACAUGGGGCAUAAUUGCAGAUGCUCUGGACAGCUCGACAGCGGUUGCUGCACUAGAUGCGGAAGCGUUGGCGGUGCUAGACCCGCUCGAAGACACUCUGCGCCGCGUCCUUGGCGCCAUCGAUCGUCGGCGUCUUGGCUCUAGCCAGUCCCCCAGUCAUGUUUCUCCUCCCAUGUCUCUCCCGCUUAUGCAGCCAGUGCCUACCAACGCAGACACGGACAGCAAUCCACGGCCUCGGAAACGCGCUCGAGGAUUGCCAGCGCUUCCCGAGGUUCUUCCGCCAUCGCCAGAGAAGGCGCAAAAACGGCAACAGUCAUAUUCAGCCACAUAA